GGAUCAGAAUCUGGUUCUUCCACACACAACGCUGAGAGUUAGUCUUUUGGUUUUCUCCUUUCUUACUCUUCUAUAUGAUUAUGAUGAUGAUGAUACUGAUCUUUUAGCCACUGAUUAAUCUUUGAUGGUUUCUAACUAAGUUAACUACAUAAUAGUAAGAGUGUUAAGGGGAAAUCUCUGCGCCGAGGCGCUUGCACCAUUCUUUCCAAAUAGGCUUAGCGUGAGUUGAUUGAACGAGGUAAGUUACCUAAGGUAGGAUUGAAGUGAGGAAUUGGUGGUCACUACUGUCUGUUCGCGAGAUUCCAACCGUGAUUCCAACCUGACGCGUUCUCCCACCAGUCACGAUUUUCUCAUCCACUCUGUCAAUUGUUUCGAUGGCAACGAGAGGCUUCAAGAGUGAUAUUGUUAUCGCACUUCAUCCUCAACACGUUGCGAAUAUUGUUCUCCGUGUCAAAAACCAUGAAUUCCGGAAGUACCUUCUCCCACCACAUAUCAAACGACUCUGGAUCUACGAGACAAGCCCUGCAUCAGCCAUUAAAUAUGUUGCCACUAUCAGUGCUGGCAAGCAGCCGGGUGAGAUCCGCGAUUCUAGUGGCCUCCGGAAUGAUGAGUUCGACCAAGGCAAGUUGGAGCACCUAGCUAGGUAUGCCUACGAGAUUCAAAAGUUAGAGGCACUGCCGAAGAUUAUUUCCUUGAGUGAUUUGAAGCAGAAUGGCUGGCUCAAUGGCCCUCCUCAGAAGUACUGCUAUGUCAAAGACGCCAUGGAUCAAGCUCUGAGUGCCUUGCCGUUAAGUCUGGUUUUCGAGUCCACUUCGAGUCGGCGGGUACCAGGGCACUCUAGCAAUCUGGAGAUUGAACCGAAUCAAGAAAAGAACCAAGUCCAACCCAGAGGGAUAGUCAAGGGUCAAAAGCAUAAUACCUCACAUCAGUCCACCCCUACUCCCCGGUCGCGACAUCGCUUAGGCGUUCGAAAGUCAAGAAAAGUCGAAGGUCCUGGCAAGGCAAAAGUAGGAUCACAGCCUCAUUGGCUCGGCAGCGCAACAAAAGCAUUGGAUGACAGGCAGCAAGAAGGAUAGACAGAUGUAAUGGGCAGAUCCCAUAGACCAUAAUCAAAAUCCACCGCCAACCCCCACAACCACGCUCAAAAAAGCUGCUACAUGCAAACUUCAUCCAUAAUUGUGCGGAUCGUUAGCAUGUAUGCCAGUGUAUUCUCCCACCUUCUCCGCUGCAAAGAAAGCCUAGUUGGCAUUGGGAAGGGCCGGAGAUAUCGAUGGCAAGUCUAUGCCCACUACUAAGGACGCUUGGUUUUCCACUCUUGUCUAGGUCGUCCGUCUUUCAAGUCACCCGUCAUCCAGGUCACCCGUCUUCCAUCUUUUACGUCGCCCGUCAAGCGGGCGCAAUGCAAAGGAGUGUAUCUGUUUUCAGUCAAUGAGGGAGAUGUCGUCGGGUUGGAACUGAGAGAAGAAACUCGCAGAAUCCCAGUGAAGGAUGCCGCCACUGAAGGAACUGCACCAAAAAUCUCUCCACGGUAGGUGCGAACGGCACACCCGGCACACCGCCCUUAGAUAGACAUGAUCAUGAAUACGAAGAGUGUGACCACGAGAAGACCGUUGCAAAGGACACUGCUACAUUUGUGGGCCGAUCAUGUUGAGGAGGUGACGAUAGGAAUGGCGAAGGAGCUGGUGAGGGGAUGGCGAGGAGGAAAGUGACUUCAGCCUAGCAGCUAAUAUUAAAAGAACAGAGGUUUCAGUGGAGGCAGGAGAUCCUUAUGGAAUGAACAGUAAGGCGUUAGCAGUCAGUCUCUUAUGGAUAAAAACACUCAGUAAAAAGGCCAAGAAGGUAAGAUAGAAUUGGUUGAUAAAUGUACAGACUCUCAAAUUUGAGAUAGAGGCAUUAAACAACACAGACUACUUCAUUCAGUAUACCGCUGAUGUGAAAGAUUUCAAUUUUAAAGGUUACACUGAUUCUGAUUGAGUAACUACGGCCGCCGGAUAAUAACACGGCCGCUUCCGAAUACGCUUACGAAUGUAAAGGGGCUCUAGCGGCCACUAAUUAAUUUACAUAUAAGGAGCCGGUGUACGCCUGUAAUCUUAUGCUGGCUUAAGCAACCUUUGAAUCACAUCUGAUAGCAUGUCUAAAAAUCAGUGAGAAGUGCAGGCUUCUCCAGAGUGUGAUAAUUCCAUCUAUAAAGUGAUUUAUAGUUAUCAUUAGACUGACUGUGUGACUGUGUGUAAGAAAUCCCGCUCCUCGCGGAUCCUUUACCCCUAUUCCUAUCUCUUAUGUAAUCAAUAGGAUUAGCAGCCCUUGGCUACACACAACUAUAUAGACUGGAGUUUGCAAAUACUAUUCAU